UGGAAACGUCGUAGUACAAAAAAUUCCCUUGCAUCCUCUUUCUGAUUUGUGGAUUUUCUAUAGGCAUCCAUGGCAGUAUACAAAAUGCAAGCACUUUCUUGCAUUCAAUUUAACGCGCAUAAUUACAUAAUUGGAAGAAAAUAUGCAAAAUGCAGGAGAAAACUUACAUAUCAAUCAAAUGCUAGCCAGAGGGUCGAUUCUCUAUUCAGUGGGCAUUUUGGAAUUCUAAUUAAGUUUUGAAAAUGCAUUACAAUUCGCUUUUGAUCAAGUACAUACAAAUUGAUGUAUUAUUAGUUUUGGCAACCCUUCGAUAUGGAAAUGCUAACUAUCUUGGCACUCCUCGUAGUCGUGAAAGAAAUUUGAACAAGGAAAAUGCGAUCAAAACGGACGACACUUCCGGUGGCGUGCGAACAGUUGGUGAAGUUUUUGUGCCAAAAACAUUCUCACUGAACUCACAAGAGCCAACAUGCGAGCAACUGCGCGCCAUGUGGAUAUUUUCUAAGAGGCAAUCUAGAGCGGCAGAGAUUACAAAUGAAAUACCAACGUACCGUGACCCAUUUACGUAUAAUGUUUGGGAACCACUUUAUUUUAACUCACGAAUGCUGGGAUCACUUAGGAUGGGCGGUAGGGAAAGAUCGCGAUCGCCAGUGUUUGGUCGGGUUGUUAGUCGAGAACCAAGUUUGCCACAACGGAUGCCAAUAUCUCCCUUGGAACAUCAUCAAAAGGAGCGUCUGGUGGAAUUUGGAUUGAGUAAUCCUCCACCGGGAACAAGUCAAACUAGAUUUUACGGCUCUGAGAUUCGUCCACAAAAUGGAAUAUCUACGUCCUCUUCAUCAAGAAGAUCAAAUAAAAACCGUUAUGUGGGCGGAAUACCAAGCGAAAGUGGUGGAAUUGGAUCUAAUACUAAAGAUAACCAAAAUUCCGUUGCCAUACAAGGAAGUUUUCAAAAGCUGAAAGAGUUAAUAUGGACAGAGCGGGCUAAGGAAUUAACACAGCAACGUAGGGAUGAGGAAAUGGCAGCACGUGCUGCUGCUCUCAAGGAAAUAGCCAAUGGAAAAAACAUAUUUGCAAACAACAAUCCUCAAUCUUUUGGCAGUUCCUCCUCCGAAUCAAUUAUGAUGGACCAGAACCGCAGCCCCGACGCUGAAAGUUAUCAAUAUAACCAAAACAACGCUAAUCGCAUGACAAUAUUAAAUGAACAAAAUUCGCAAAGGGAUAAAGUUAACAAUAUAAAAAAUCACAAAACUGGAAACCGAGCAACUACGCGCCGCAUCGGAUCCUCAGCGUCUUUUCCAUUUUACAAUGCCAAAGAAUACCAAAGUAGUAAAGAAAAUGCUAAGAGCAUAUUCUCGAGAAGGUAUGGAAAUAUUAGACAAUUAAAUCAAGGUGCAGCAACUACCGGUCGCAUAUCAAGCGACUUAAUGCCCGAAAGAGAUCAUAGUACUAUUAUUGGGAUACCAAGGACAUAUCCGAUACGAAAAUCACACUUCAGGGAGCGAAAUCGAUCACUUUUUAAAGAGCCGCAGGAAAAUAAUUACUUUCGACGUGGUCUACGAGGGCUAUCGGCUUCAUCAUUAAACUCGGAAAGAAAUAAAGGAACAGACAAAGGCAAUAAUGAUGUAGGUCGACAACUGAAUUUGUUUGAUGAAUACAACUAUAACCCUCAACCGCCAAAUGAUGAAAAUUAUUUUGCAUCUGUGGAAAAUGAUAAUAAUGAUAAGCUGGGGAAAAUAAUUCCCGAAACUGAACAUCUGAACAUGGAAGUUGAAUUCCCAGAUUACGGAAACUAUUGAUUACGUCGUAAAAUCUCUUAAAGCCCAAAUAUUAUCUCUAAAGGAUUUUAAGGCGUCUAUUAAUCAUUAUAAACCCAUUUAUAAGACAAUUUCCUGAGUUUCAGCUAAAAUUUGCAUUGUAAAUACAUAUUUUUAUGUUGAUAUUCAUUCAAAUAACAGUAAUUUUGUAGAACACAGAAGCAAAAGAAAACACAUGGAAUUUUAUAAUACAUACUUUUAGAGACGAUUUUAAAUGUCUACAAACUAAGUUCUAAAAAUGGUAUCAAAAUGCCAAUGUAAAAUAAAUAAUUGAUUAGGUUUUUUCAUUUAAAUAUAAAUGAGAUACCAUAUUAUACUUAUGUACAUGUAUAUGUACGUACUUAUGUGUAUGUAUGAACUUAAAAUGUAAACUCCAAAGUUAGAAAAAAAAAAAAAAAACAAAA